GAACAAAAAAAUUGGCCCAUCCUUUUUGUGUAUUUUCACAAACCAAGCAGAGAUUUCCUCCACAUAAAGGGAAGAUCAAGAACCCUAUCUGCCUAUAAUGGAGGAAAAGCAAAACAACAAAUCUCCUCAAACCCAACUCUAUUACUGGGGAAAUACGCCAACAGAACAAGAUUACUAUAAUCUCCAAGGUAUCAAAUCUACCAAAUCUUUUUUCACUUCACAAAGAAAACUAACCCUAUUCACAAGAUCAUGGCUACCCUCUGCAAAAAACCCUCCACGUGGCAUCAUUUUUAUGGUACAUGGCUAUGCAAAUGAUAUCAGUUGGACAUUUCAAGCAACCCCAAUUCACUUAGCCAAAAAUGGUUUUGCCUGUUUUGCCCUUGAUCUUGAAGGUCAUGGCCAAUCACAAGGUCUUAAAGCUUAUGUACCUAAUGUUAACUUUGUUAUUGAUGAUUGUUUGUCUUUUUUCAAAUUUGUCCUAACCCAAAAUCCUGAAUUUCAAGAUUUGCCUAAAUUCUUAUAUGGUGAGUCAAUGGGUGGUGCAAUUUGCCUUUUGAUUCACUUAAAAAGUCCUAGUAUGUUUAAUGGUGCAAUUUUGAUAGCCCCCAUGUGUAAAAUUUCAGAUAAAGUUAGACCAAGAUGGCCAAUUCCGCAAUUCUUGACUAUUCUUGCAAGAUUUGCACCUACUUUGGCUAUUGUACCAACAGCUGAUUUAUUGGACAAAUCUGUAAAAGUCCCAGAAAAGAAAAUUAUUGGUGGGAUGAAUCCUAAUAGGUAUUUUGGAAAACCAAGAUUAGGUACUGUACUUGAACUUUUACGUGUGACAGAUUAUGUUAGCAGCAAAUUAUGUGAUGUGAAUUUACCAUUCCUGAUUUUACAUGGGAGUGCUGAUGUUGUAACUGAUCCAGAAGUGAGUAGGGAAUUGUAUCAAUUGGCUAAAAGCAAAGACAAGACAUUGAAGAUUUAUGAGGGUAUGAUGCAUUCUUUGUUGUUUGGAGAGACUGAUGAAAAUGUUGAGAUUGUUCGUAGUGACAUAUUGGCUUGGUUGAAUGAUCGGUGCUGAGAAAUCUGUACUUUAAUGUUUUAUUCGUAUCUAAUUCAUAUUAAUCUUAUUUCUAGUUCAUUAGUGUGUGACAUUUGUGGUAAAUAAAUGCAAACUUUAGAAAUAUUUCUCUAAGAUUGAUUUAGAUUGGAUUAUUAGUACUUGAAUGAAUCAUACUGCUGCAUGAUUGUGGAAAA